AUGGCCUCACCCCUAGGGGAUAAGCCCACUUCACCCCGGGUGGGGACCGCCCGCUACAAAGAGACUUCGACCAUCCGCGUGGAGUCGUCGUCCCACCGCGUGGAGACUUCCUCUCGGCAGGUGCGAACAUCUUCUCGGCAGGUGGAGACCUCCCAGCGCCGCAGCGAGAAUCCCUCACUCUCCCCUUCUGGGAAACGCCUCCCUCACGUCCUCGAGGUGUCCUCCCAGCACGUGGAAACCUCCUCGCAGCGCACAGAAACGUCCUCCCGUCACGUCAGGGCCUCAUCCCUGCGGGUGGAGACAUCCCUGCACCACGCGGAGAGUCUGACCCGUGAGGGCAAGCCGGCAGCCCGCCAGAAAGUAAAAACAACCCGAUAA